AUGGAGGUCGAAACGAAAGCCGUGGCCGGGCCAUCUAAGAGAGAUUACGACAAUGGCGCGCGCGUCAUAAAACGAACCAGAACGGAACUUGUUCCAAAAGAAGAGCGCGAGAGGCGACGACGUUUAAAGGAAGCGCAAAGAGACUAUGGCCGAGGGAGCAAAGUCAAUGUCAAAGCCGUUAAGGACAAGAAGCUACGGAGUAACCUGAAGUCCCUGGAGCAUAAGUAUAAGGAGGCUACAGUGAAGGCAAAAGAUGCAGAAAUACUUCUCGAAAAUACUAGCGGUUUCCUAGAACCGGAGCACGAAUUAGAGAGGACGUAUAGAGUGCGACAAGAAGAUAUAUUAAACGAAGUAUCCACCGAGUCGGCGAAAAAGCGAUUCGAGUUGAAACUUGACCAACUUGGACCCUACGUUUUCGAGUAUUCCCGAACUGGUCGAGAAUUACUACUGGCAGGGCGCCGAGGCCAUGUCGCUACGAUGGAUUGGCGCGAAGGGAAGUUGGGAUGCGAGCUACAACUUGGAGAAACAGUCCGUGAUGCGCGGUGGCUUCACAAUAACCAAUUUUUCGCCGUGGCGCAAAAGAAACAUGUCUACAUAUACGAUCGCCAGGGAGUUGAAGUACAUUGCCUGAGGAAACACCAAGAAGUGACGCAUAUGGAGUUUCUACCGUAUCACUUUUUAUUGGCAACUCUGGGGAUGUCGGGUUUUCUCAAGUAUCAGGACGUAUCAACCGGUCAACUAGUGACGGAAAUACCGACGAAGCUCGGAGCACCAGUUUCUCUUACACAAAACCCCUAUAACGCCGUAUUACAUGCUGGCCACCAGAAUGGGACUGUUACAUUAUGGUCUCCAAACUCACCCGAACCACUAGUGAAGCUAUUGGCGCAUAAAGGCCCCGUCCGAUCACUGGCCGUGGAUAGGGAAGGUCGAUACAUGGUAUCAGGAGGGCAAGAUUGCAAGAUGGCGGUUUGGGAUAUAAGGAUGUUCAAAGAAGUCAAUAGUUAUUUCACGCGACAGCCAGCAUCGUCGAUCGCAAUAUCAGACCGAGGCCUCACUGCGGUAGGAUGGGGUACGAAGACGACAAUUUGGAAAGGUCUUUACUCUAAGCAUGCUGCCGAGCAGGAGAAAGUCCAGAGUCCAUAUAUGGCAUGGGGUGGCGAGGGCAAGCGCAUCGAGCGCGUGCGCUGGUGUCCAUUCGAAGAUAUUCUGGGACUGGGUCAUGACGAAGGGUUUUCGUCGAUCAUUGUCCCCGGCGCUGGUGAACCUAACUUUGAUGCCCUGGAAGUCAAUCCAUUCGAGACGGCUAAGCAACGACAAGAGACUGAAGUCAAGUCGUUAUUGAACAAGUUGCAACCUGAGAUGAUCGCACUGGACCCUAAUUUCAUUGGAAACCUUGAUCUACGUUCUGAACAGCAACGUCAAGCUGAGAAGGACCUUGAUGCGAAACCAGUUGAUAUCGAGACAGAAAUCAGGAAUAGGGCCCGCGGAAAGAAUAGCGCGCUCCGCAGAUAUUUACGAAAGCAAAGAGGCAAGAAUAUUAUUGAUGAGAAGAGACUUAAAGUUGAAGAACUCUGGAAGGAACAGUUACAGCAGCGGGAGAACAAGCAGAAGGAAAAAGAGGUUGAGCUCGGCCCGGCUCUGGCAAGAUUUGCUAGAAAAGACUAACCAGAAUUUAAUACAAACCCAGGGGCAUCCAAUCCUGCUUCGGCUUGCUGUCUUAUAAUGACUUAUUUGUUGGCUCUCAAGAGGUUGAAAGUUUGGUUCUAAUAAAAAAAACCACCUACGUGGCCGGGUGGGAAGAGACACUAACGUUUAUACCAAUAACUGUAUCGUAUUGGCGGAAUUAGAGCGGUAUGCUUCCAACUGGCCUUUUGCAUCAUGUUUAAAGGACAACGCAGUGUUUUAGCCCUAAUAAUGUGAAAACUGCGUGGGAUGUGUUUCUGGGAGAAUGAACCCCCUCCUUGUAAGCAUUGUAUGUUGGGGGAUAUCCCCACAAUGAGGCUGUCUUUUUAGAAAAC